AUGGAUGAUAUAUUCCAACCUUAUCUACAGAAAUUUGUAUUGAUAUUUUUUGAUGAUAUCCUGGUUUAUAGCAAGAUUCAUAAAGAACAUGAUGAACAUUUGGAUAAUGUCUUGUUUAUUUUUUUAGCUAAUAGCCUUUAUGUCAAUGAAAAAAAAUGUCAAUUCAGGCAAUCUCAAUUGGAAUAUCUGGGCCUUUGGGUUCCUACAAAAGGAGUAUCUACAGAUCAAGGAAAAAUUUCAGCAAUAUGGGACUGGCCUACUCCUAAGGAUUUGAAAGCAUUACGAGGAUUCUUAGGACUAACUAGCUAUUAUCACCAGUUUGUCAAAUGUUAUGCCACCUUAUCAUGGCCCCUGACUAGAUUGCUCAAGAAAAAUUAUUUUCAUUGA